AUGGAAGCGCGUGCGGAGCGUCGUGCUGCAACCGUGAGAAAUGUACCCUACCUCCACAAUACAAGAGCCCGGUUGGUUGACACUCCACCACCGAACCCUGAACCUGAAGGAUUUCGAUCUAUUUACGCAGCGCCCCCGGCUUUGCACCUAGUGUUCCUAUUUCGAGACCUCUUGAAGCGCGUUCCCUGCCUCCUCCGAUUCAUGCAUACAGAGCUCGUUCUCCUCCAUCUUAUGCGAGAUAUCAACCUCCUGUUCCUGUCUCUGAUGGUGUUCGGUGUCGGUCUCCGUUUCGCGUCUCCGACGCUCUACGUACUCCUCAGGUCCACCAUA